UUUGUUUGCAAAAUCGGCCGCGUUUUUUUUGCGGCCGUUUUCCGGCCGAAAUUUUCAGAAAUCGGCUCUUUCGGCCGCGGCCGAUGGAGGACAGGCCUACCCCCUAGCUCACGCAUUGCACAUUUCGCAUCCCCACGUUGCCAUGCGACGUGCAGCGACCGGUGUCGCCAACUGCCUGCGGGUAGUGUCGGCAUCAGGGGCCACUCCGGCUGUAUUUGGUGGGCGCCAUGGUGUAGAGUAUGGUCUGUCCUCCGCCAUGCGGCCGUCAGUUCACACGGGCAGCUGCUGGAAGAAGUCCGCCAACGCAGCAGCAGCUGCGCCUGCCGCGACACCCUCCCACGGCAGGCGUUUAAGCUCCAAGUAUUCCUCUGGCAAGCCUACUGAAGCUGCUGAUGAGACGGGGUCGGAGCCGGAGAAAUUUCUAAAAGUGGAGUCUACUCCGGUGAACACGCUGGUGUCCUCGGAGGGAUCAUCUCCGUCGAUGUUGACGGGGCCUCGAGUAAAGAGCAAGAAGGGUUACUUGGAGCGCGAGGGCAUGAUACGCGAGACACAGAAAGCCGUCCGAGAGUACUACAAAGAGGGAAUGUAUCAGGACGCUCUGGAGGUGGCGGAGCGACUAGUGGACCAGGUAGAUGACCACUUCGGAAGGGCUCACGGCGUGUACGGCAGCGCUCUAAGCGACAUGGCGCUCAUGUUGAAGUCCAUGGGGCGGCACCAGGAAGCCACGGAGACUUACCUCAAGGCCCUCGAGGUUUACCGGGCAGUGUACAAGGGCGAGGAGAACGCGUCCUUCGCUAGCACCCUGCACAACCUCGGCAUGCUGUUCCGUGCCAUGGCAGAGGACUCCAAGAAGCUCGAGAAGAUCCCGCUCAUGGAGCGCGCCGCAGAAUCCUUCCAGCGUUGCGUCCAGAUCCGAGAAAAGAUCUUAACCAACAACCACCCGGACCUGCAGCUAGCGCGGAGCCGGCUGGCCACCGUCCAGGGCAUGCUCGGCGGCGGCGAGAAGGAGGGGACGGAGGCCCGCCUGAGAGCCGCCCUGGACGGCCUCCAGAUGGCCGUGGGGAACGACGACGCGAGCACCGCCAACGCCAAGACCAACCUGGCCCUCUUCCUCAAGCGGGAAGGGAAGCUCGCUGAGGCGACCGAGCUGUACAAAGACGUCUUGGAGACUAGGAAGAAGCUCUAUGGCCGGAAGCACUUCGACGUGCUCGUGUCCAUGCACAACCUCUCCAUGACGCACCACGUCGCGGGGCGAGAGGACGAGGCCAUCAAGCUGCAAGACGAGAUCGCCAAGAUAGGAGAGGAGAUGGGCAUGACGCCUGAAGAGCAGAGCGAGGCGAGCGGUGCCGCAGGGGGGGCCGUGAAGUUGGCGCUAGAGGAAGGAAAUAAGGCCCCAGAGAAGAAGAAGGGCGACGCAGGGUCCACGUGGAAACCAAUGCACACUCGGAGUAGAAGAAAGGGCAAGAAGAGGAAGUGAUGCGCGCGACGUUGAGUCAGUGUAUCGAGAGAGCUGCCGUGGUGUUGGCGGGGUUCACACAACUCCCAGUGCUUUUGACGUUGUCGAAUUGAUGGUACAACAGCAGUAGUACAACCAUCAGUAAGAAAUUGGAGCAUUUCGGCUUUUUUGUUUUAAAUAUUUUUUCCUUCAAAACCCUCGGGAACAUACCUUGGUUUGUCACAAUAUGUC